GCCACACCUCCGACUGAUCUCGGAAGAUUGGCUCGAGACGAGUCGCGUGAAACCUCGUCGCUGUCGGGCCGGGCUGCAUGAAGAGCGCUGGUGCCGGUGAUCGCGGUGGUGGCCGUCGUUGGCCUGGAGCUGCUGCUCGUCGGUGCAAUCCGUGAGCUCCGAGGCAGUGCGGCUGAGGAGUUUUUGAUCGGAGCGAGAGCAGGAAGAUCUGGCGAGCUCUGUUUGCAAGGCGAUUGUGGGAUCCCUAAUGGGGUACGUGGACUCGCAGCAGGGAGCGCAUGCGCGCACGGCCUUUCGGAACGCCGAGAAGCAGUACAAGAGAUACAAAGAAGCCUCGACGCGGUUGCGCUCGUCUCGGUCGCGGAACAAAAUCCAGCCCACCGACGUUUCGCAGGUGCUGGACUUCAGCAGAUAUGUCGAUCUCGUCCGGGACUCGAGCACGAAGAUUGACGGCGUGUCGCUCGCGCCCGAAUCUCUAUCAGGAAAACCAGUAUUCGUUCUCGACGCACAUCCGGGCUUUCAUUUCAUCCCCCAGGCACUCUCCGCGGAAGAGCAACAUUAUUGGAUUCUGGAGUCUCUCACCUCUUUUCCACAACCCCCAAACCGCACAAAUCACAAUGCAGAAUACGGGCCCAUUCGAGACCUCUGGUCUGCGGUGACAGCGAACUCCGUCCUGGUUCAGGUGGCCUCGGACGAAGACUUGUCAGCGAGCGAGAGAGAAUUUGUAGAAUCUGUCCAACUGCGAGAAGAGUCGAAUGUGCAGCAAAGUGUGGCACGGGAGGACGAAGAAGAGGAGAGCAAUCAGCGGCAGGGACGAGGAGAGUUAAGCACCAGCGCGAGAGGAGAGGAUUUCGGCGCUAGGGAUGGGCUCACGACGACAGCUCGAGUAACAAACGAGAAGGCCCCAGAGGCCGUCAGUCGCUGGCGCUUUGAGAGCAACCCUACCUCUGACGGAAAGCCCGUCGAUGCGGAAUCGCUUCUACGAAGAUUGCGAUGGGCGACGAUUGGGAUGCAAUUUGACUGGUCCAAGAAGGCGUACAAUACCUCCAUUCCUUAUGAGAAGCUACCGCAGAAGCUGUCGGAAUUGGCAGCGAGGCUGGCCGCACCGGCCAUGGGGGGCAGUGAAUUCAAAGCAGAGGCAGCGAUUGUGAAUUAUUAUGGACCCGACGACAUGCUCGGAGGCCAUGUGGACGACAUGGAGGCCGAUUGGAGCAAACCCAUCGUGAGCAUCAGCUUGGGAUGCAAGGCCAUUUUUUUGCUCGGAGGUGAAAGCAGGGACCAAACUCCGACUGCAAUGUUUCUUCGUAGCGGCGACGUCGUCCUCAUGUCUGGAGCCGCCAGGACUUGCUUCCAUGGCGUGCCUCGGAUCUUCACCGAGGAUGACAAUUCCGACUUGCCUGAUACUGCUUCGCUCGAGCAAGAUCCUGCCGGACCUCUGUGCACGUACAUUCGCAAAUCACGGAUCAACAUCAACAUCCGACAAGUUUAUUAGCCUGGGAUUCGACAUGUGGACAUUUCUCUCUCCUCGAGUCGUGUGGUCACCUCCAAUUAUAUAGCCAUCCUGCGGGCUAAACUCUUCCACUGUCUCCCAGUUCUCAUCAAUCACAUGAAUUUGCAGAUUCCUGACUGGUUGGAUAAGCCUCCCAUCUCAGAUGCCAUCUUUCUAACGCUGUUGGCAGUCUCGGUGAGCUCUCUGCGAGCAGUGCUUUGUACUAGGCCUUUGACUGUUGCUUCUGAAGCCUAGCAAUUCAAGCCUGCUGUGCUUGCCUCGUACCUUGAUCUGUUCAAUGGUAGCAUCCGUGGGUUGGCUGUCUCCGACUUGGGAGUGCGAGAGUUCAUAGCAGACAUCUCUCUGUUUCAGUGCUCAGCUUCUCGUAGGAAGGGUAUGGUUGGUCGAGUCCAUUGAUCCGAAAGGGCUUUCCAUUGUUCGCCGAGCCAAUAAUCGUAUGAGCACAGUACGGCCACAGCAGUCACGGCAGAACACACCUUUCCAGGUGGGCGUGAGUCUUCAAAGGGCUCGAAACAUUCUGGACUUGAAGUCCUUCUCGCGAGCAGCUCCCGAUGAGAAGCACAGAGAGAUGAUGACGGGUUGUUCGGUUGAGCUCGGGCGUAAGGCCAGUCUGUUCAAGACUUUGAUGAUUGAGUGUAUCAAGAGGAUCAUCAUCAUCGACAUCAUCUUUAGUCAAGGGCUAGAUACGGUUCAUCCCCUACUGUGGACUACUGUGGCUGUUCGAUGGAGCCUUCGCUUUGACAGAACUCUGCGCGGUCAGUUGCAAUCAAAGCUGUGAGUUUUAGUUUAGAGUGUUGCAAAUGCCCAACUUUAGUCGGCCAGGACCGUGUCACUGCAUCAUCUUAAUAUUCAACGAAGCAAGUGAGGUACCCUUGAGAUGAUAUAUGUAGGCAAUCCAUUCUCAGCCAAGAACCGGC